AUGUGGGAAAGAGCUCUCUCUCUUCCCCGCAAACUCGUCCGAGCAACCGUCCGGCUCCUAGAGCUGUUCCGAUUGCUUGCGAGGUUCCUUUGUUGCGGUCUAUUGUCAAUUUUGGCGAUCAACUUACAGAAUCAACGGAAUGGAAGGUCUUGGGUGAACGCUGAUCCUCUGCUUGUCCCGGGUGGAGUCUCACAUCCUAUGCCCGGCCGGCGACCUGGAGAUAGAGUGAUGGGGGAGAGACUCAGACAGUGUCCCGAUUGGAAGGCCCUGAAACGCAAGGCAGGUCCUCACCUAGUCCAUGAUUUUGAACCCGUUGUCUCGAAAAGAUUGAGAAUGUUAAAGUCAAUGACAUGGCGAUUCCGGCUGCCGUCGUCGAUAGAGCUGGAGAAUGAUGAAGGGCUAGUUCCCACUUCUCUGCUCCACAAUACUUCAGGCAUGGAAAAGGCGCCACUAGUGAUCAACGUGGUGCUGCCAUGCCCUCUGCUCCGAUCCCAUUAUGGGACGAGUGUUGUUACUCGGAGGGUAAGGGUGGAAUUUCCAGUGCAAUUUCCCCAGCCCAGGCCAACGGCAAAAUGCCAACCGGAUAUUGGAAUGAGUGUUCUUGCCCAGAGGGUAAGGGUGGAAUUGCCAGUGCAGUUUCCCCAGCCGUGGCCGGCGGCGGCAUACCGACUGGAUAUUUCGCUGGGAAGUAUCCUAACUAGGAUAACAAACGAAGUAAACCUAUCUCUUCGUAUCCCGGAUUUGGUGGCAGACGUUGGGUUUGGAUUAUCCCGCCGUAUCAUUAAAUGGUGGGGACAAUCUCUGCGUCCUUCCCUGAACCUUCUCUGUAGACCUCGUGUUCUACUAGGACACGUCUUACCAAUGGGAGAACCUGGUACAACAUUCUAUUUAAUCACAGGCCAAUCCUUGACUAUUCUUCACCAUCACAAACGGCGAGAAUUGUUCCAGGACGUGGCAGAUAGUGCAUAA